AUGGCUGCGGGCUGCUGGACUUGUAAAGAUCGCAAGGUCCGCUGUGACUUGCGACAGCCCUCGUGCGCAAACUGCGCCCGAUCGAAGAGAAAAUGCGCCGGAUACGGGAUAAGACUAUCAUGGCCACGGCUAAACGACCGGAGACGCUCCAUGAUCCAUGACCCCGGCCAACCCCCACGUGCCAAUCUCGAAAGCGAGAAGGCUCUCCACUUCAUUAAUACAUACACUUGGCAUGUGGCCAUGUACGGAUCGUCUUCUGACGGGAGCUAUUCAAACAUGCGGGCGGAUACAAAGAUUCCUGGCGCAGACCCUCCUCGGCCAUUGAUGCAGGUGAUUCUUCAGAUGGCGCUUGCAGACUCUACACCUUCUUCGAAAGCCGUCCUACAGGGCAUAUUGGCCUUGUCAUCUCUACGCUUAUCAGGGAACUUUGCUGCGUUCGCACACAAGACAAAGGCCAUAUCUGCCCUUGCUCGGUCGUUGAGCUUAGACAAGACGCGCGAGAUGACAAGCAAGACUGUCGUUGCGAGCAUGCUUCUAUAUCUAUAUGAGACUACCCACCCAAGCUUGACAGGCCCUUCAUGGGCUGUAUACCUUUGUGGCGUCAAGAAGAUUGCCAAAUCAUCAUACACCGAACAAAGCCCCAGUCGUUGUAUGGAUGUCGGGCCAUUCUUCAAUUGGCUGCAUUAUCAUGAAAUCAUGGGCCACUUCAGUUUGGUCUGGUGGGCACCUCCCGAUCCGCCGCCAAUAUGUUUCGUCGAUGCAGCCUCACUCUUGGGUCUGCCUAGGAUUGAAGAGACAGAUAUCCUUCGCAUUCAAGAUGACCAACUUGAUGCUGCUCCCGAUACAACCCAAAUUUUGCAGCAUGGCGAGGGACCUAUCUGCUCUUUGCCAGUCUUGGACAUCAUCUCAUUCUUGUUCCAUAACAUCAGCCCUGACACGGAGCAUACUACCUCACCAAAACGGAGGCAGCGUCUACUCAAGACGGAGAAUUCCUUACGAAAAUACCUGUCAGACUAUCCAUCCACCAAGUCCACCGCCGAGUCUCGUCCAUUAUCCAGUACCAGUACUCUCCUCCACGCCAUCGCCGCCCUCAUCUUCCUUAACCGUGCAGCAUUGGAUUACACUGGAGAAGAAGCAGCCCACGAGGUCCUGGUCAAACGCGGUCUGGAUAUCCUAGAGACUCUCAGUGUUUCUUAUACUCCGUGGCCUAUCUUCAUCAUAGCCUGCGAGGCACACAGAGACUCGACGCGGCUGUUAAUUCUCGAUGUUGUGGCUAAGAUAGAGGAACAUACUGGGAGCCGCCGCUUGGCUCUGCUGAGACAUCUCAUUGAAGCAGCCUGGAACUAUCAUGACCUAAACCUUGGGCGCUGGUCGGAUUACAGAGUCAUGCUUCACUCUGUUAUACGGACGGCACCUUACAUGCCAUUUUUUGCAUAG